CUGCAGCGGUUUAUAGGAGAUUGGAAUUCCAUAACUUAACCAAAGCCAACUAUCUACUCAGGGCAAGGUCCUUCAGAAUUGGGUGGUAAGAAUGAAAAUAAGUGACAAGCUUCAACAUCCGAACUGGAAAGACAGAAUUACAUGGAGCUAUGAGUUUUUUCCUCCAAAAACAAGCACAGGUAUCCAAAACUUGUACAGUCGUAUAGAUCGCAUGAAAAAAUGGGGCCAUCCAAUGUUCAUUGAUGUGACCUGGGGUGCCGGUGGGAGUACUUCAGAUUUGACUCCUGUGAUUGUAAAUGUUGCGCAAAAGGAAUUUCAACUUGAUACUUGUAUGCACCUCACAUGUACAAAUAUGUCGGAAGAAAUGAUUGAAACGGCGUUGAAGAAAGCUUACGAGACUGGUUGUCGUAAUAUUUUGGCACUAAGAGGGGAUCCACCCAAAAAUGAAACUGAAUGGACCCAAGUGGAGGGUGGCUUUCGCUAUGCAUCAGAUUUGGUUCGUUAUAUAAAAAAGAAUUAUGGAGACGAAAUCUGCAUUGGUGUCGCUGGUUAUCCUGAAGGGUAUUCACCAGAUGACGAUUUAGAGAGAAGUUUAAAGCAUUUAAAAGAAAAAGUAGAUGCUGGUGCAUCUUUUAUUGUAACGCAAAUGUUUUAUGAUGCCGAUAAUUUCGUUGAAUGGGUUAAGAAAGUGCGGAAAAUGGGCAUAACGGUUCCCAUUUUCCCAGGCAUCAUGCCCAUCCAAGCUUGGGAUUCAUUCAUUCGACGAGCCAAAUGGAGUGGAGUAAAAAUUCCACAACAUUUUAUGGAUACCCUUUUGCCAGUCAAAGAUAAUGAUGAUGAUGUACGUGAACGCGGCACCGACUUAAUGAUACAGUUUUGUCGAACAUUAAUCGAAAACGGUAUUACUCGUCUUCAUUUCUACACUAUGAAUUUGGAAAAAGCCGUGAAAAUGAUCAUUGAGCGACUUGGAUUGCUAGAUGAAGAAGUAAAGGACGUGACAGAAAAAUCAGAAAAUCAACUGACGACAAACCGUACAGAAAUUUUUCCUGACGGAACGAAACGAGCAAAUGAAGAUGUACGUCCUAUAUUUUGGAGGACUCGUUUAGAAAGUUAUAUUUCAAGGACGGAUCAGUGGGAUGAGUUUCCUCAUGGUCGAUGGGGUGAUUCGCGUAGUCCAGCUUUUGGUGAAUUUGAUCCUUCUCGUCAUGGCCUCCGUCAGUCGACAGGUGAAAUACUUUCUCUUUGGGGCAGUCCAAAGUCUUACAAAGAGCUCGGUGAACUCUUUGCGGAUUAUUGCAUGAAAAAACAAAGCAGCUUACCCUGGAGCGAUGUGCCUAUCUCAGAUGAGGCUAAAAUGAUUCAAAGUCAGUUGGUGAACAUUAAUAAAAGGGCUUAUUUAACAAUUAAUUCUCAGCCUGCUUUGAAUGGCGUGAAAAGCUCUGAUCCUGUUCAUGGAUGGGGUCCUACGAACGGAUAUGUAUACCAAAAGCCUUACGUUGAGUUUUUUGUACACCCUUCUUUAAUUGAGGAAUUGAAAUCUUCUCUUCACCAAAUGGGUGAUACCUCCUACUUUUUUAUAACUGUAGAUGGGAAACUGGAUACCAAUGCCGCAUAUGAAGUUCCUAAUGCAGUUACGUGGGGUGUAUUUCCUAAUCGCGAGGUAAUUCAACCAACCAUCGUCGAAUCUACCUCUUUUUUGGCUUGGAAGGACGAAGCGUAUUUCCUUGGUAUGGCUUGGGCUUCAGCCCAUGACCCUAACUCUGCGACUCACAAGCUGUUGGUAUCGAUGAUGUCUAGCUGGAUGCUUUGUGUUAUUGUUGACAAUAACUUUGAACGUGGCCAAUCUCUGUUUGACGUUUUUUCAAAAAUAAAAAGCUUGGAGGAUAUCCAUCCUGAGCUUUAUAACGGGGUGGCCAUCUAAUAUAAAAAGGUGUUGCUAAUCUUGUCUUCUAUUCUUCACCUGUUUGUGUUUUGUUUGUAUCGGGCUUCAUGCUCAAAAAUUAAUGUAAGGUAAUAACCCCACACUCUCUUUCAACAGUUUUUGUUUAUUCGGGAUGGUUUUGGUUUCAACAAUUUAACUGAUCGUUUUAUGAAUUCCUUCUCUAUAAAUGCAUUGGCUUCAACAGUCAUCCGAUAGUUUUAUCCUCAUUUAUCCUUUAUGGUCACUAAUAUUAAUGACAUGUUUUUUCUUUGAUAACAUAAAACAAUAACAUUACAAGGAAGUAUAGUAGUUGAAUAAAAAUUAGUUGAGAACCAAGCUUGGAAAACUCAUAAACAAGAA